UGAACUUCCUUUACGCCAUUGCCUUCUUCUCCUCUCAUCUUUCGGCUGUUCUUUUAAAAACUUUAUCCUCAACCUUUCUCCUCUACUUCUUCUUUAUAUAUAUAUAUAUAUGAUCACAAAUGCUAUCUCGCACGUCUAAUAUUAGAGUCCGAUUAGCGAAGGAGAUUAUACUAUGGAUUCCGCAUGGAAGGCUCGUGGCUUUUUUCUUUUCUUUGUCUCGGUUGUCCUCCUCACCUUCCACUCCGCAGUCGCCUCUCAGAAUGAAUAUUCUCGACACCCUGCUCGCCCAAUUAUCAUCUCCCCCCAUGACCGAUCUGAUUCUGAACCUCAGCAGGUGCACAUCUCCAUGGCGGGGAGAGAUUACAUGAGGGUUUCAUGGAUUACAGACGAUAAGAAGGGGCGCUCGGUGGUGGAGUAUGGGACAGCCUCGGGGGAGUACAAUGCAGUGGCGACCGGAGAGCACACUUUCUACAAAUACUUCCUCUACAGCUCUGGGAAGAUCCAUCACGUCAAGAUCGGGCCGCUGGAGCCAGGAACAACAUAUUACUACCUGUGCGGUGGCUCCGGCCCCGAAUUUAGCUUCAAGACACCGCCUCCUACCUUUCCCAUUGAAUUUGCAGUAGUUGGGGACUUAGGGCAGACCGAGUGGACCAAGUCGACCCUGGAGCACGUUGGCAGCCGGAACUACGACGUCUUCCUGCUGCCGGGGGACCUCUCCUACGCGGACAGCCAGCAGCCACUUUGGGACUCCUUUGGCCGCCUGGUGGAGCUGUACGCUAGCCAGCGGCCAUGGAUGGUCACGGAGGGAAACCUCUCCUCUACCCUCAGCUUCAAGGCCUACAACUCACGGUGGCUCAUGCCCUAUGAGGAGAGUGGCUCCCCAUCGAACCUCUACUACUCCUUCGAUGUUGCUGGGGUGCAUAUUGUUAUGCUUGGCUCAUAUACAGAGUUCGAGCCUGGGUCGGCCCAGUACCGAUGGCUUGAAGCAGACCUUGCCAGGGUGGACCGGGGGACCACACCGUGGCUGGUGGUGCUCCUCCAUGCACCGUGGUACAAUACGAACAUGGCCCACCAAGGGGAAGGGGACAGCAUGCGGGAGGCAAUGGAGGAGUUGCUGUUCAAGGCCAGGGUCGAUCUGGUCUUCGCCGGCCAUGUCCAUGCAUACGAGAGAUUCACGAGGAUUUACGACAACAACGCGAAUGCGUGUGGACCGGUUUACGUGACAGUCGGAGAUGGAGGCAACAGAGAAGGGCUUGCACUCUCGUUCAAGAAUCCUUCAUCCCGGUUGUCAUUGUUCCGGGAGCCGAGCUUUGGCCAUGGCCGGCUGAGAAUAUUCAAUUCUACACAUGCACACUGGUCAUGGCACCGCAACAACGAGACCAACUCAGUCGUGGCAGACGAGGUCUGGCUGGAGAGCCUGGUCUCGUCUAGACAGUGCAUGGGAGACUUGGAUUCAUAUCAAGACUCACAAUCCUUUUCACUUAACAAGGAUGAGCUCUGAUCAAAAGUUAGUAUGAAAAUAAUUGUGUAUAUAUAUUUUGAAAGGUCCACCACUAGAUCUAUUUCUGUGGACAGAGAAAUACACAUGCGCACUGCUUAUAUAA